AUGGCCACCUUUGUGGGACUCAGUAACAAAGCCAAGAUGCCCAUCGUGGGCCUGGGCACCUGGAAGUCUCCCCCAAGCAAAGUCAAGGAAGCUGUGAAGGCCGCCAUCGAUGCUGGAUACCGCCACAUUGACUGUGCCUAUCUGUACGAGAACGAGAGUGGAGUGGGAGAAGGGAUUAGAGAGAAGCUCCAGGAGAAGGCCGUGAAUCGGGAAGACCUCUUCAUUGUCAGCAAGCUGUGGCCCACCUUCUUUGAGAAAAGCCUGGUGAAGAAAGCCUUUCAGAAAACCCUCACCGAUCUGAAACUGGACUAUCUGGACCUGUAUCUAGUUCACUGGCCACAGGGAUUUCAGCCUGGGAAGGAGUUUUUCCCCACUGAUGAUAAAGGCAACAUUCUCACCAGUAAACACACAUUCCUGGAUGCUUGGGAGGUCAUGGAGGAACUGGUGGACCAGGGACUAGUGAAAGCCCUGGGCAUCUCCAACUUCAACCACUUACAGAUUGAAAGGCUUCUGAACAAGCCUGGACUCAAACAUAAGCCAGUGACCAACCAGAUCGAAUGUCACCCAUACCUCACUCAGGAAAAACUGAUUGAGUACUGUCAUUCCAAGGGUAUCACUGUCACAGCCUACUGUCCUCUGGGCUCUCCAGCUAGGCCUUGGGCCAAGCCAGAGGACCCUUCACUCCUAGAGGACCCCCAAAUUAAGGAGAUAGCUGCAAAGCACAAGAAAACCCCAGCCCAGGUUCUGAUUCGCUUCCACAUCCAGAGGAAUGUGGCUGUCAUCCCCAAGUCUGUGACACCAGAACGUAUACAUGAGAACUUUCAGGUCUUUGACUUCAAGUUGAGUAAUGAAGAGAUGGCCACCCUUCUCAGCUUCAACAGAAACUGGAGGGUCUGUUCCUUGCCUGUAACAAUUAAUGCGGAGGACUACCCUUUCCAUGUGAACUUCUGAAGCGCCAUCGCCUGAUGAGAGUGUCUCAUGGGUUCUCUCUUUGCUGGUGUGCAAAGUCCUCCUGAGAUGUA